AUGGUGGCGACGCUGCACCAUAAUUUUGUUCCGCGGACCACCAACUUCUAUGAGAAUAGUCUGAAGCAGCUUAGCGACAUCCAGCAGAAGCAGGCUGGGCUUCUCAUCGGUGCCGUGGUUGCCGAUGCGGCGGCGCGUGGGCUGGAGGGAUUUUCGGCCGAGGAGAUCGCCGAGUUUGAGAAGCGCCAAGCAGCGUUACACGGCGGUAGCGACGGGGAGGAGUCGCUUGUGUUUGCGCUGGCCGGUCCUCCACACCGUUCCUCGUCUCCGCCCCUGACGGGUGCGCUGCGGCACCACUCCUACACAUGCCUGCUCGUGCAGCAGCUUCUCCGUGUUAUGGCCGCCGCGAGAGGGGAGUUCCCUGUGAGUUACGUGAAAGACCGUUGGGUUUCCGUCGCACAUGCACAUCCGCAGUGUUUUGCGGCCGAGCAUGCCUCGCUGUUGAACGUGUUGGGGGUCGUUUUGUCGUUGCCGGUCAUUUAUCCCUGGACGGACGACGCGACGUUGCGGGCGUACGCAACGCCGUUUAUCGACUUCCUCACGGAGCCCCCGGAGGGCGGGGUGGCAGCGGCCACAACACGGAGUGCUGUGCUGGCGUACACCUUUUCCGCGCUUGGCGUCGCGCUGCGCUGCCUUCAGAGUAACCCUGACCCGUACCGCAAUGCCGCCAUCAUGGCGGUGCCAGGAACUGCAGACUUAUUUCCCGACGACGUCGUCUCCUUUGCGCCAAGGCGAGCGCAGAACGAGUUGCUGUCGCAGCUAGUCGACGCCAGCGCCGCCGGGUUGGAUGCCACCCCACUUUCUGCCUGCGGAAGCAGCAGCCGUGAUGGCUGUGCUCGUGCUGCCGGCCACUCGGCUGCACUCUCUCCAGCCCGUCCUCUUGUCGAGGACAUCCGUGUGUCUCGCGAGGCGCUUAUCGUGGCGAGGCGCGCCCGCUCCUUCGCCGACGGUGUGCGGGCGGCAAUUCGUUUGGGUGCUCCCGUGUGUCAGCGGAGCCUACUCGUUGGCGGGCUGCUGGGCGCCCGGCUAGGGGUGCGCCGGAUUCCACCGAGUUGGCUUAGCGCGACGCAUGACCACAGCCCCCUUGCCACUAUGGCGAUUGAGGUGGCGCAGUGGAGUUGGAACCCCCCGCACCACUAA